AUGAUUUAGCAAAUUACCGAUUAGGAAGAAGACAACACUUCGAUUGAUCAGCAGAAAUAAACAUAAUAAAGUCUGCAGAGUCUUAUUCAAAUCAUGGCAAUACAAAAUAAUAAUGAAGAUGAACACAAUUAUGCAUCACGAGACAGGAAUUGCAGUAUCUCAUACUGUUAAUUUGCAAUGUUUGCACAUAAAAGCGAUUUGAUAAAGAGGGUGGUUUAGCCUUUACAAAUUGAUGGUUUCAAUGAGAUUGAGAAGUCUAAAACUCAUUUGAGAAGAAAAACUUAACGAGGUGUCGAGUACAUUAUAGAAGAUACGGAAUAAUGA